UUCAACGAGGUUCCCUUGCAGAUGAGGUAUAGCAAUCUUCGGCGUGAGGCGUAGGUUCAUCUUGUUCUAAACUUUCCAGCAUCGCUUCUCUUUUUCUUUAUUGAAAAAAAAAACAUUUUCUUUUUUAUUACUUAGUAAAGUGUGUGUGUAUUUUCUACAAAGGAAAAAGAGUGUAUAAUAAAUGUUUAAUAUAAAUACAUUAUGAUCGUUUACAAGUAUAAAUAUCUGUUUUUCCGACCACCACUUACUGGGAAAUAUUUUACUUUUGAGAUUACGAUCACGGAUUGAACAUGCGGAAUUAUUGCGGUAAUGAGUGACCAGAAUAUUGUUCGAGAAUGGCUAAAAUACCUGGACCUCGAACUUUACUAUGAAAGCUUCGUGGAUAACGGUUACGAUGAUUUGGAAAUGUGUAAACAAAUCGGCGAACCGGACCUCGACGCAAUCGGCGUCCGCCAGUCCGAACACCGGCAGUUGAUUCAUGAAGCCGUCCGUACUUUGCUGGAGCAGGGUGGUACAUCGGUUUACAUUAGCUUAGAAGAGUGCGCCCGCCUGGGGGUAGAUGGUCCCUUGAGGGACCGGAUGACUCACUUCACAUGUCAGGAUGCUCGAGAUGAAUCAGAGAGGAAGUCAUCAACAUCUGUAGAGAGUCAAUCAUCCUCAUCGUUUCUUUUUUCGGCAUUAAGAUUUCGAAGUUCCAGCAGCACGUGCAUUGAUAAAUGUAUGAGAGACAAGAAUUGUCUGGAUGCAACAGGAAAAAAGAGAAUUGGCAUUGGAAAGUUCUUCCGCCAUCUUAAGAGUGCGAAUUCUUCUCCCAGGCAUGUGCUGAAACCUUUUUGUAAGAGCAACUCCUCCUUUUCUCAAGGGGAACGAUCAGAGGUUGAUGAAGCACCAUCUGACGACUUCUACUCCUUUACAUCUAAAAUAUCCAGUGAGUCUCAGUCCUGUAGUGAACUGCUUCCUACUCACAAGAAACAAGUUUUCAAUACAGCUUCGCCGAACCACGCUGAUCACGCGUCCAGUGACUCCACGAAAAAAUGCAAUUCUAUACUUGCUACUGAAGAUCCUAAAACAGCACCAAAAACGUGCAACGGAGAUUGUGGAAACAUUAUGUGCAGUCUCAGUCCUGCAUUCAUUGAUGAUAACUUAGAUGAAACAAAAAACACAUCCACGUCAACAGUUUCUGAAAACGCAUCAUUGGAUGGAAGUUUGAGAAGAAGAACGAAAUCUGAAGGGUGUUACUCAUCAGCUUACAGAAGCAAAAGUGGAAAAAGAAAUAACCCAAGCUUAGACUCAUCUAGAGAACUUCUAUCUCCUCCCGGUCUUGAGGAUUCUGACGAAGUCGAUCAGGAGCAAUGUGAUUAUCCUCGUUUACCUCUUAGUUCUUCAUCGUCGUCGACUUGGAGUGGAAAAGUGAAGGAUCUUAAACGAGAAAUGAAGCACCGAAUCGGUCGAUUGCGAUCUCCUAAAAUUUGCAAUAAAUCACUAGUCAAUGAGAAUAAAGAUGCAUGCGAGAAAUCGAAUUCAACAGAAAAGUGUUUAGAAAAAAAUGAAUCUUCAGCAAGUCAUCAGAAUCCUACAUCAAAUAGCAAUCAUGGAUUCAUUUGUUCUGGGGAGGAGGUAUCAUUGACAGAAUGCAAGGGAAUCUUAGGCAAGGCUCGUGCUCUGGUCGACUGCACUCCAGGCCCAUAUGAUAAAGAAGGUCUCGCUUUUAAGAAAGGUGAUGUAAUUGAUAUCUUGGCUAAGUCCAGCUCUGGCUAUUGGGUUGGAAGAUUCAAGAAACAAAUUGGCCUUUUCAAAUGUAACAAUGUUGAAGAAUUUCAAAAUGGAGGAAAGAAAGAAUUUCAGAGAAAUUAUUCAUAUGAACAAACGCUUGCAUCACCCACCUCACUUGAAGAGCUUUUAGAGAAGCUGGACUUAAAGAUGUACAUGGAUAACCUUGUCUUGAAUGGAUAUCAUCAUAUAGACUCUCUGAAUGGCAUUAAAGAACAAGAAUUGCUUUCUAUCGGAAUUAUUAAAUCAGAAGAUAGAAAGAAAUUGCUGAAUGCUUUUACUUCUCCAGAAGAUAUAAAAUUAGAAGAAAGAAGCCUUACACCUUCUGAUAAGAAAUUAAAUUUAACAUCUUCUUCUUCAAACUCUUCUUUCUCUUUGAAGAAAGAGAAUAAGAUGACUUCGAGUAGCCUAAAAUAUAUAAACUCAUUUGAAUUAUUAAACAGCGAUUCGCACAUUGACCCCACUAGUCAAAGAAAUGUGGUUAAUAAUCUAGAUUGUGAAUUGUCUUGCAUUUCUGGAGUCGAUGUCGAAAAUAGUUGCAAUUAUCCGGUAACUGAUGGACUUUACAAUAGAGAAUUCCUCAAUAUUCCAAUAACUAGAAAUACCCCAAUACAAAGUCCACAGGCAAACCACCAUUCUUAUCCCCAAUUCAAUAGUUCUUACAACCAUACUCCUUUCUUGGAAAGUAGCUUUUAUACACAAGCUGGAAUAGCUUGUAAUCAGAUGAAUUAUUCACAAAACCUACCUACUUAUAGUUUUUCUAGUUCUGGACACAGUCAUCAAACGAAUGGUACAAUUCAUAAAAACUAUAAUUCAUAUAUUACCAAAGAAGAAAAAACUCUGUUAGAAUUGUCAAGAAAAAAGCUAAAAGAUAACUCUCUGCCUCUUAGUACUGCUUUCAAUGGGCAUGGUGGACAAUCUUCUCAGGAAAUUUUGUAUCAGAGUUCAUCCAGUUCAAUGGACCCAGAAAGUGUAACCAAAUUUCGAACUUUAUCUCCGAAUACCAAAGACACCUUUUACAAAGAUCAUCAACCUUUUCAAGAAGUAGAUGAUAAUGUAUGUCAAGUCGAGAGAAAAUUUCAGGAAUCAAAAAGAAAGAAAGAAACUCCGUAUCCUUCUAUACAAUCAUUUCAUCACCAAACAUUUAAAUUGGACUAUAUGGUUGCAAAGAAACUGCUGGAAGAAGAGAUUGAUUUAUCUUUAGAGCCUUACACAGAUAAGGGUGGUUCCUGUGGAAUACCACCGGCUUUAGUCCAGAGAUAUGCAGACGAGCUUAAACAAGAUUUAUACGACAUCGCAGAAACAUUAGAACGAGAGAGAAUACGGGCAUUAAAAUCACGUGGUAUGAUGGCGGUACCAAAUGAUUUUCUUGUCGAUUCAUGUUGUGAAUCAGUCGUUGAGGCCAAUUAUAACAGCCUUACAGACUGGCUGAUUUCUUUAGGCUUGCCAAUAUACGAGAAAGUAUUGCAUAGAAAUGGAUGCACUGACUUAUACCAUAUGGCUGAUUUGAAUGAGAAAGACCUGCUGUGUUUUGGAAUUGAGAGCGUAAAACAUGUUCGUCUUCUAAUGAACGCCAUCGAAGCUCUUCGUGUACAUCUGAAUCAUUGUCAAUAUAUUGUAUGAGUUUGUUAUGUGAUACUCGCUAGUGGUCUUAAAUCAUGAAGACCAGUGAUUAUAAAGUCCAUUUCUAAGAAAGAAAAAAAAAUCAAAACUCAAAUGUUUGUUCAUUCAUCUUGAAAUCCUAUUGUAUAGUUUUUGUAAGUAUUGAAAAUUAAAAUAAUUUCCCCACUGGA